ACCGAACUCGUUCAUGAACCGGUACGUGUCACUGAGUGAAGAUAUCCGAGUUGAAUCGUUGACGGCAAGAAAGACCAAGAAGAAGCCCGAAAACAAAGUGGUAUCCGAUUCCCUGUCGCGUUGUUUUGUUCCCAACUUCCGACGUUGAUUCGAUUCUCAGUCGAAUACUUGUGUCCCUCCCCAACCCUUUCGUAUAUCUCUAAUCUCCUCUUUCCCCCUUUCUCUUCUUACCAUUUUUGUUUCUUCGUCUUGGAAUCCAAACAUCUUUUUCAACUAUAUCGCCUUAAUUUGUCCGCCACCACAGAACAAGUUUUAGAUUGAAUGCUGGCUGUAUUUAGCAAUUAAUUUUGAUUUGUGUCCACUCGAAGUUGGAUAUUUGGUCAACAGAUUUAAGAUUUUCACUCUGGAUGAACUAAUGUUCAUGUUUUACUCCAUGAUGUUCUGUAAAUCAAGUCCUUAGCUCCGUCAACAAAUAUGCUAACUUCCAAUGCACAAGUUUUCAUUUGGAUAUGAUUACCAUAAAGGGUUUAUCUUUGCAUUUAUGUCUACAAGUUACUGAUGCAUAAAGAGAUGUUAAGAUUAAAUUCUCUUCUUUAGCAUUCAUGAAGGAUCCAGUUGAAUUGUUACUCUUUCUCAUCUUUUUCCACGAGGCUUAGUAUUCCUGUCUCUUUACGUGCGUAAAGGAACUUGUGAAAAGCGAAAUACUUUUCCAGUUUUCUGGAGAUUGAAUGGCUGUUGGCUGAUGUUGCAUAGAUGGAGAGGAAAUUUCUUCUUCGAGAUAUAAACAUUCAUUAUAUCUUUGCUGGGGAUUGAUGCUAAGUUCUUCAAUGGUAAACGUCAAAACCUCCCAUCGUCCAAUCAUAUCAUUUAGACCUAUACGACCUUCUGAUUUAGAAGUUCUUGAGAAACUUCAUGGUGAUCUGUUCCCUAUCAGGUAUGAAUCUGAGUUUUUCCAGAAUGUUGUAAAUGGCCGUGACAUUGUAUCUUGGGGAGCUGUUGAUUGCAAUAGGCCUAAUGGUCAGAGUGAUGAACUUAUUGGAUUUGUUACUGCACGAACUAUCAUGGCAAAAGAAAGUGAGGUAGAGGAUUUGAUCAGGUUUGACCCAUCAAUGCCCGACCAGACACUAGUUUACAUAUUGACACUGGGAGUCUUAGAACCUUAUAGAAACCUUGGAGUAGCCAGUUCUCUAAUCCGUGAGGUCAUAAAAUACGCCUCAUGCAUCCCGACUUGCCAAGCAGUUUAUCUACACGUGAUCUCCUACAACAAUCCAGCCAUCUAUUUGUAUCAGAAAAUGUCAUUUCAGUGUGUACGGAGACUGCAUUCUUUUUAUCUGAUAAAUGGCCAGCAUUAUGAUGCAUACUUGUUUAUAUACUAUGUGAACCGUGGCCGUUCUCCUUGCUCACCCUUAGAGGUUCUUACUCUUUUGGUUACUUAUGCAAAGAGUGGAUUCAAGUCAAUGACUGCAAAACUAUGGAAACAUGAAGAAAGAAAGACUCCCAAGUGGCCCAAAACUAAGGAAUCGGGUUGCCUUCUCCCUACAACACAGAACAAGAGGACACACAACUGAAACUUGAAACUACACCAACUUGAUUUGUUUAGGCUUAUGUAUACAUCUUCGGGCGAUUGUGUGAGGAGCGGAUCAAAGUGUGAAAAAACAAUACCGUUCUCUGUUGUUAUUAUUAUUAGGCUUAAUCUUGAUCAAGCUUGAAGGAGGAAAAGAAAUGUUGUCAUGUUUCAUACCUCUAACAGAGGCCUGUAUGUGUCUUGCAGAGAUAUUACCUGAUAUAUAUAAAAAAAUAUAUACGUAUAGAUGUGAAUCUUAUUAAAAUUGUAUGUA